AUGAAUGCCGAAGCCGUUCGGGCUCGCGUCGUCGCCACCCUUUCUGCCGACGCCAAUGUGCGAAGAGCCGCCGAGCUCGAGCUCAAACAGGCCGAGGUACACGCCGGCUUCACAGAUGUUCUCUUAGAUGUGUUGACUGCCGAACCUGACGAUGCUGUCCGACUUUCAUCGGUCAUCUAUCUCAAGAACCGGACGAAUAGAGCUUGGUCGAAAAGUGAUCACUAUCCCGAAGAGCCGCUCAUAGCAGAAGAUGAAAAACAACGCUUCCGCGAUCGAAUUCUUCCCAUCCUUGCUGCCUCACAUGGUCCCGUCCGUCAACAGUUGUUGCAGUUAAUCCAGCGCAUAUUGCACUUUGACUUCCCUGGAAAAUGGCCCAGUUUCAUGGACGCCACCCUGCAAUUAUUGCACGCAAAUGAUGCUCCUUCAGUUCUUGCUGGCCUUCAGUGUCUCCUUGUCAUAUGUCGCGCUUACAGGUUUAAGGGUUCUCAGGAUAGCAGCCGGGUCGAGUUCGACAAGAUCGUCGAGGCUAGCUUCCCCAGACUCCAACAAGUUUGUAACGAAUUGGUUAACCAAGAAAGCGAUGAGGCUGGUGAGAUGCUUCAUAUCGCCCUUAAGGCCUACAAACACGCAACAUGGCUCGAACUUUCUAGCUUUCUCCGACGACACGACAUCAACAUUGGUUGGUGUACUAUUUUCCUUCACACCGUGUCGAAGAAGAUACCCGAUUCUGCGAUGCUCGAAGAUAUCGACGAGCGAGAACGUCAUCACUGGUGGAAAGCUAAGAAAUGGGCUUACUUCAAUUUGAAUAGGCUUUGGAUUAGACACGGUAAUUACGCGUCUAUCACUACCAAGAGCGAAGAGUCAACAAGAUAUGCAAAAGAAUUUGAAAGCACUAUUGCCCCCGAGAUUCUUAAGCAUUACCUCCAGGAGAUCGAGAAAUGGGUUUCCAAGACGGCCUGGCUCAGCAAACCCUGCUUAUCCUACACACUCGUUUUCCUGGAUGAAUGUUGCCGCCCUAAGUCCAUGUGGAAUUUGAUGCAACCCCAUCUCACUAACCUUGUUACACAUUUGGUCUUCCCUGUUAUGUGCCUAAGCGACGAGGACGUGGAAAAAUUCGAGGACGAACCUGAAGAAUACCUCCACCGUAAAUUGAAUUUCUAUGAAGAGGUCUCGGCUCCUGACGUCGCCGCGACAAAUUUCCUCGUCACCUUGACCAAGGCCCGCAGAAAGCAAACGUUCGAGAUAUUACAGUUUGUCAAUGGAGUUGUCAACGAUUAUGAACAGGCACCUGAAGACAAGAAAAACCACAUAGCGAAGGAGGGUGCGCUAAGGAUGAUCGGUACAUUGGCACCAGUGCUCUUGGGUAAGAAGAGCCCUGUUGCUGAUCAGAUCGAAUAUUUCCUGGUCCGUUACGUCUUCCCAGACUUUAAGAGCCCCUUGGGUUACCUUCGCGCCCGAGCUUGUGACACGAUCGAGAAAUUCGAACAGCUCAAUUUCAAGGACCAGAACAACCUGCUUAUCAUCUAUCGACACAUCUUGGACUGUAUGGCCGAUUCCGACUUACCUGUUAGAGUCACGGCAGCGCUGGCCCUACAACCCUUGAUUCGUCAUGAUGCCAUUCGUAUCAGCAUGCAGCAAAGCAUUCCAACUAUCAUGCAACAGUUGCUCAAACUAGCUAACGAAUGCGAUAUCGACGCAUUGGCUAAUGUUAUGGAAGACUUUGUCGAAGUAUUCGCCGCUGAACUUACUCCGUUUGCUGUAGCCCUGAGUGAGCAACUGAGAGACACAUAUUUGAGGAUUAUCCGCGAGCUUCUUGAUAAGAACGAUGCCCGCAACGGCAGUGAUGACGAUUAUGGCGAUUAUUUAGAUGAUAAGAGUAUCACUGCUCUGGGUGUCCUGCAGACCAUUGGUACCCUAAUCUUGACCUUGGAAAGCACCCCAGACGUGCUCCUGCAUAUCGAAGCUGUCCUUAUGCCUGUCAUUUCAGUCACUCUAGAGAACAAGUUGUACGAUCUCUAUAACGAAGUGUUCGAGAUUAUCGACAGUUGCACAUUUGCUGCUAAGAGCAUUUCGCCUACUAUGUGGCAAGCUUUCGAACUCAUCCACGCAACAUUUAAGUCCGGUGCUGAGCUUUACCUUGAGGACAUGCUUCCGGCCCUUGACAAUUUUGUACAGUACGGCGCCGGCCAUUUAACGCAGAAGCCCGAGUACGUCCAGGCCUUAUACGGCAUGGUUGAAGAUAUGUUCCAAGACCAGAAGGUCGGUGGUGUUGAUCGUAUCUGCGCGUGCAAACUUGCGGAGGCUAUGAUGUUAAGCCUGCGUGGUCACAUCGACCAAUCCGUUACCGGGUUCGUCACAAUGGCUAUGGUGGUACUUACCGGUCAAGAAAUCAAAGUCAAGUCGUACAAGAUCCACCUGAUGGAGAUGGUUAUUAAUGCCAUCUACUACAACCCAGUCUUGACAAUCGCUGUUCUUGAAAACAAAGGAUGGACUAAUAAGUUUUUCAGCCUUUGGUUCAUGAAUAUGGAGGCUUUCAGCCGGGUUCACGACAAGAAGCUAUGCAUUGUGGCCAUAGUUUCUCUGCUAAGUCUGAGUGCCGACCAGAUCCCUGCCAGCGUUAGUACCGGGUGGCCGAGGCUCUUGCAAGGUAUCACUGGUUUAUUCAAGACCCUACCCAAUGCCUUGAAGAACCGUGAAGAGGCAUUGAAGGAGGACUUCACAUACGACUCUAAUAAUUACGAGUACGAGGAUGAUGAUGAAUGGGCCGAGGAAGAUACCAACUGGAACGCUGAGGAGGGUGUAGAAGGGGAGCCAACGGAUGCUCGAGACGAGAGCACGGCCUAUCUCGAAUUCCUUAAUGAAGAAGCGGCUAAGUUCAGCCAGAUCGAGAACCAAUACAAAGACCAAAGCGACGACUUCGAAGAAGAACUUGGCGAAGAUAGCGUACUCCUCGAGUCCCCUCUCGAUAAGAUCGAGCCUUAUCAACUAUUCCGAACCGUAUUAAUGAAAAUGCAACAAGAAAACCCCCAGCUGUACACUAACCUUACAUCGACUCUUUCAGCUGAUGAGCAAGCUGUCAUUCAAAAUGCAGUGCACCAGGCCGAGGCUAAUGCUCAAGCCGCUUUGCAAAUGGCGGCUCAAGCAGCCCAGAACCCACAAGGGGUACCCGGAGCAUCGAAUGGCGGUGCCAGAUAG